AUGGUAGGUCCAUUACACCUCAUUUUUAGCCUUGCUGGCCUUCAAUAUGCAUCUACUGCUAUUUUACCGCAAUCAGACGUGAAAAGUUUUUCUCGACGAAGUGGUCUGCUUGGUUUGGGUGAUCUUCCCGUACUAGGUCCCUUGGUCGACCAAGUCACUCAAAACUCAUUACCAAUUGAUAAACCAAAGAUGCCAGAGGUACCUUCUGGAACAGGAUCUAUCAAAGUUGUUUUGGAUUAUGGAGAUUUCAAUGGAAACACGAAUAAAAGUGUCGAUCAAUUUUAUGGAAUCCCUUAUGCCGAACCUCCUGUUGGCUCACGUAGAUUAACAAAUCCCAUUUUUCCCUUAGGAAAGUAUCCCAAUUUUGAUGCUACGAGAACUCCACCUAGUUGUCCUCAACAGCUUGCCACUGGAGGAGGAAAUCCAAUCUUUGAUAUCGCUACUGUUCUUACUGAUGAAUUAGAUAGACUACCAAUUUAUGCUCCGACUCUCGGUGGUCAAGAAGAUUGUCUCACUUUGGAUGUUUUGCGACCUACGGGCAUCAAAGAAGGAACUAAGCUACCUGUCAUGUUAUGGAUUUACCCAGGAGAUUUUGCAUUAGGUUCAUCAACACUUCUUCAGGGUAAUACAUGGGUUGAAAAAAGUAUUACUUUAGGUCAACCUGUUAUUUGGGUUUCGAUGAAUCACAGGAUGGGUGCUUUUGGAUUUCUUGGCGGUAAAGAAGUUGGCGCUGCUGGAAUUGGUAAUCUUGGUUUGAAAGAUCAACGUCUGGCUAUGAAAUGGGUUCAAAAAUAUAUCACACCAUUUGGUGGAGAUCCUACUAAAGUCAUGCUUUUCGGUGAAUCUUCUGGUGCUAUCUCUACUUCUCAUCAUCUUUUUAUCAACAAUGGAAACAACGAAGGACUUUUUAGAGCUGCAAUUUGUGAAUCUGGUAGUGCAUUUCCAGUUGGAACUUUGGCUGAAGGAGCCGGUCAAACUACUUAUGAUGCCAUUUUGAAAGACACCGGAUGCGAUAACAAGCCUGACACUUUGGGGUGUUUGAGAACUGUGGAUUAUGCUACUUUAUUCGCUGCGUCUAAUCGAUUACCUGGAUUUCUUUCUGGUGGAUCUUUCCCGUUGGCUUAUGCACCGUACGUUGAUGGAGAAUUUGUGACCGGUAGUAUGGAAGAUAACCUUGCGGCUGGAAAAUUUGCACGUGUACCAUUGAUAACCGGAGCACAAGAUGACGAAGGCACAUUGUUAACGUUGGGAGUAACUUCUACAAUCAUCACUGAAGAAAAUUUAAAGCCAUAUCUUGCUCGCUUGGUACCCAAAGCCACCCAAGAACAAAUCAAUAUCCUCAUCAGUGGUUACCCUGAAGAUCCAACUCAAGGUUCACCUUUCAACACUGGAGUCCUUAACGCUAUCACUCCUGUAUUCAAACAAUAUGCAGCUAUGUUUGGAGACGUAGGAUUUCAGGGAUUACGUCGCUUAGUUUCCAGGCAAGUGAACAGACAAAUGCCAACUUGGGGUUAUAUUGACCGAGGAAUGAAAUCACUUCCUAUUCUUGGUUCAACACACGCCAUUGAACUUUUGUCAACUUUCAAUAUCAUUCCAGGACCACGAGCUGAUGAUUUUCAAGCUCGUUGGAUAUCAUUUGCUAAUACACUGGAUCCAAAUGUACAAGGAUUACCUAAAUGGGAGAAAUAUGGAGGUGAAAGUGGCACAGAUGAUUUCAAAGGGAACAUACUUCAAUUCGAAUCGUCUGGUUCCACUGGAACUAUUUCUGAUGAUUUUAGAUCGACUCAAAUUAACUAUUAUCUAGAUAAUCUUAAGAGUUUCAGACUUCUUUCUGCAUAA